AUGCGAUUUGCUCCCGCCCCGCUCCUGGCUUUGGCUUCCGGGGCAUUGGCACGAAAUGUUGUCCAGUUCAAUGUCACCAAGGGCCCGCCGGGAGUCCGAAUUGGCAGCGUAUCGUACCUGAACCGCCGGGGUACAUUCGCCGAGAAUCUGAUCAACAAUGUUGCCGGCGGCGGCUACUUCAUCGAAGUGCAGAUUGGUACCCCGCCCCAGCCGGUGACCAUGCUGCUGGACACCGGGAGCAGCGAUGCUUGGGUCUUGAGUCGAGAGGCGGACCUGUGCAAGAGCCGAGAGUUGCAAGAACUCUAUGGGAUGACGUGCGCUGGCACCUACAAUCCCGACAAGAGCUCAACUCACCACAUGGUUGAGCGCAAUGGGUUCAAAAUCGUCUAUCUUGACGGCAACUCCGCGUCUGGAGAUUACAUUUCGGACGACUUUAUCAUUGGCGACACCAUGAUCAAGGGGUUGCAGAUGGCAUGCGUCACCAAGGCUGUUAGGGGGACCGGAAUUUUGGGGCUUGGUUUUAGCGAGAAUGAGAAGGCUAAAGCCAAAUACCCCAACAUUAUGGAUGAGAUGGUGAACCAGGGCUUGAUCAGAUGUAAAGCCUACUCACUCUACCUGAACGACCGUCGGACCGACUCAGGGAACAUCCUCUUUGGCGGCGUCGAUCUCGACAAGUUCAUCGGCCAGCUGCAGAUCGUGCCCCUGUACAAAACAAACGGCUCCAACUACACCUCCUUCGAGAUUGCCUUCGACGGCGUCUCCCUCAUCUACACAAACGGCACGACCAUCGAUGUCAGCACCUCCAUCCUCGGACACGCCGCUCCCGCGGUGCUCGACUCAGGUACUACCUUCUCCUACCUCCCCGAUCCCAUGACCAGACCCAUCUACUCGGCGCUGGGCGCCAUCUACGACCCCGACCUCCGUUCGACCAUCAUCGAUUGCAAAUACCUCACCUCCGAGCCUAACCUUCACCUCACCUUCCACUUCGGCAACACCACAGCCGGCACAGCCGCCACCAUCUCCGUUCCUGUCUGGGAAAUGGUCCUGGACAUCCUCCCUGCAAGCUACACCCACCCAGGCUUCACCCGGCCCUGCUUGUUCGGCAUCCAAAGCACAGCCGCCAUCGAGUCAGUCGGCACGGUCAAGGACUCGUCCAACUUCACCCUGCUGGGCGACACCUUCCUGCGCAGCGCCUAUGUUGUCUACGACCUGACUCAUCACCAGAUCGGCCUGGCCCAGGCCAACCUUAACAGCAGUACCUCUACCGUCGUCGAGCUGCACUCCACCGGAACCAGCCUGCCCAAUCUCAGUGGUGUGCCUUCCCAGCAGACCACUUAUACCCCGACCCCGACCCUGUUCCCCUCCCGCUCUGGGUCGGAGGACCCUAACUCGGAGGAGUCCAAGAACGCCGCGGCCCCGGCUGUGGGGGUGAUGGAGCUUCCGGGAUGGGGGACGUCCGGGGGAUUGGGCGAAAUCUUGAGCGUCGUGGGCAUGACGGGAGCAUUUGCGCUUUUCGGUGGGGCGCUUAUUGCGUUAUGA